AUGGAGAUUUCAUGUCACCAAACGGGUACUAUAUCAGACCGGUCAUGGAGGAUUUCACUGACCUGCGAGGGAGCUAAACGGCAUACUGAUCUCCACGACCCCUUCAAAAUAGAAGCUGAGGAAAAACUGAUUCAGUGGUAUUUGGAAGAUUUUGCUGUUAAGCCAUUUGCGAAGUAUCGCGCGGCUGCAGCUUCCGCUGAGCUCCGACGAUAUGGCAAUUCGCUUUGGCAGCAACUCGGAAUUACAACAGGAAACAAGACCCCGAGUACAGUCAAUCUCAAGAUAUUGCUGUAUCGAGGCUCCCGAGAUAUUGACAGGAUCCACUGGGAAGUCCUCGAAACAAUUCAAGGCCUUCCCUUCAACAUAAUUGUUCACAGAGUGAUAAUCAAUGACACCUUCCAACAUCAACUCUCAGCUAGCAACUCUCCGUCAAUUCGCGAUGGCAUUUUCCGCAUAUUAAUAGUAUCUGCCAGAUCAAACACAAGACCCGAUGUGCCCUACAGGCUUACAAGCCUGCCUCUUCUCCAGACUCUCAAAGGAAACCCUAAAGUUGAAAUGGAAUUCGUGCACACUGGAACUUUUGAAGAGUUUAAAGAGACUUUAAGCCAGAAGCCUGUAUCCCGAAAGGCUCACCUGGUUCAUUUUGACCUCCAUGGAAGAAUUGAUAAGAAGAAAGGGCCUGUUCUGGAAUUUGCAGACUCGAAUUUGGCCCAUCGAACAAGCCACACUGCAUCGUCAGUUGCCAAAGUACUCCACGAAAACGGAGUACAAUGGGCGGUUCUAUGUGCCUGUCGUACUGCAAAAGCGACUUCCACAUUCAAUCACCUAGCAAUAGAGUUUCUUGAAAAUGGGAUUAAGGGAAUAUUCGCCAUGAGGUAUGAAAUCAAAGCGACUGCUGCAAAAAUAAUAACCUCUUCUUUCUAUCAUGCGCUUUGUCAAGAGGGGAAAACAUUUGUCGAAGCUGCAUAUACCGCGCGGCGUGCUUUGCAAGAAAAUCCCUCACGUCCCGCACAUUUUGGUGAAAUGGUCGACAUACAAGACUCUUUGGUACCUGCAGUAUAUUCCGUCGACGGGGAGAAUUUUCGACUGGCAUGCGAAGAGCUUCUGCCAGAGAUAAUUGGCAGAGAAGAUGAUAUCCGGCAAUUAAGUAGGAUCAUGCGUCGGGAAAAAUCUUUCCUGGUGGCUUUUGGUGACAUUGGCAGUGGUAAAUCACUGCUUUUGAAACACCUGGCCUGGUGGUGGAGAGAAUCGGGGCUCUUCCGCCGAGUGAUCUAUUUAAAUGUUUCUCUCUUCAGCACUACACCCAACGAGGAUAUUCCAGUUGGGCUGAUGGCCGUUGGAAGAGGUUUCUGGCAAUCUAUUCUUGGUGACAGCACAAUUCAGCCCAAAAGUUUGGAUGCGGUAUCCUAUCUCACUCAGGCAAUGGAAGCAGCCAAGGAUCAGGAUUGUAUUGUUCUCCUUGAUGGUGUUGAUGAGACUUACAAGUACCCAUCAAAAAGUGACGACACUGCGGAUGAAUGGCUGAGUUUUUUUAACAUCACCAAGAAUCUGUCUGCCACCGGCUUUAAGCUGGUAGUGGGAACCAGCUCCCGCUCGCUGGUCUCUGAUGAAGAUGCCAGCAGCAGCGUUUUCGAGAUCAGUCGUGAAAUGACGACGCUAGACGCUCGAAAGUUUAUCACCAGCAGUCAAAUGCAACCUCAAACGUCAGGUCCUUCAAAGGACUCGCCUGAUACCCAUCUUCUUCGCGUAUUCGAGGUAUUGCAAUACAACCGCACUGUUUUGAAGACUCUCUCUGGUCAAUUGGAGGGAAAAUUUCACGGACUAGAGGCCAUUUUAUCGUGGGAUAUUGGACUCGACCGUGACGCGCCCAAAGGAGCGAUGUUUUGCUACAUCUCUGAAAAGGCCGAAAUGUUCAGAAGUCUUGACCUUAACGAUAGCCAAGGUCUUGGUCGCACACAUCACCUGAUGAUUACAAUUAUGAAGCAUCUGGUUCGACAUGGCCGAUAUCGAGAUAUUUGGGCUUUGCUUUCUAUUGGCGUGUGGGUUGACGUACUCCCCCAUCCAGAUGGAAUAGCAGACAUCUUCCAAGGUGAAAACUUUGCACUGAAGAUGGCUGCUCCUCUUUUUAAGGAAAUGGUGGAUAUCGUACCGGACGUCAAUCUUGUUGUAUUCCCUUUACCAUUCGAGCUGUGGUCUAUGCUGAAUAAUGUCACUCUGUUAGAUAAUGAUCAGUCUUCUUACGCAACAGAGGAAAUGGUCGAAUCUUUGAGAUAUGUCGUACAGCUUCUGGUCGCGGCGAGGUUACUCACCGGCCGCACUGAAGUACUGAUAGACGGAAAGCAGGGAUACCGACUGCACCCGGCUCUUACAAUCUGGAUUCGGCGGAUUUUACGAACCCAGGUUUGUUUCGGUAUUCGCUGUGGCCUUUUUGUCUGUAUGGAGCAGAGAGCUGGGCAAAUGCUUGAGCUCAAUGAUGACAUCCCCAUAACACAGGAGAAAACUUCGAUUCUAUCUCCCUCCUUCCCAUUCAUCGAAAGGGAGAAAUGGAAUUUAAUGGCGGCUGUCGCUGGAAUGCACCAAUACUCCCAUCUCCUUCGGGAGGCAGCACCAUCGAACUUUGCAGCCGAUAGCCAAACAUUUGCGUGGCAAACUUUCAACGCCUUGGCCCCGAUAUGCGCGCUGACUGAGGAUUUCUGUACCUGGUUCUUGACACAUGUUGCAUUGAAAUAUCUUGAGAUUCGAGAACCACUCAUACCUGAAUCUCUCGACGACCCGCUUCCUGACCCUCUUGGUCCUCUUCUACUCCUCCUGAACUGGACGGUGAUGAUGUUGCAAAGAUAUAGACUUGAAGAAGAAAUGAAAGUUCCUUUGAGACUCCGCCGAAUGAUUCUUCGCCGACUCAAAGCAAUGAGGAUCGCUGGAGUUGGAGCCGAGGAGUUGUCGGAUAGGAAUGUUGUCACGCAUGAGAUCAGAGGGUGGCUGAACGAGGCAUGGAUAACGGUUAGAUUGCCCGACAGCACACAGGCAGACAUGGACCCCAUUGUGGAGAUGAUCACGAUAUCUUCCAAACAACUUGGAGACACCGCCUGGAACAUGAGGAUACAAUGGAUGAUUGACCAGAACAAACAAGGACUCAUCAACGAGAUCCAAGACUUCACUAGCAUUGAGGAUACUCUCAAGAGUAUCAGGGAAGGUGCUGGUCAAGACUCUAGCGAGCUUGGAGGUGAACGGGCAGGCCAGACCCUGAUCCUCGAAUUCGUUCUCGACACAAUCAAGUACUUCAACGGACAAGAUGAGACUGUCUCCAGCCCUGCCCAAUUCACUUGGAUGUUUGAUAUGAUUCAAUUCAUGGAGAAAAUAGAGUUCUUCCGCAGUCUUCCUCCAUGGUACAUCACGGAAGUGAGAGACAUUUUCGCCCACCUCCGCCGUGGCAACAUACCACUAGCCAUGGCCGCAGCUGAAAGAGGUCUGUAUAGUGCUGAAAGUGAUGGCCACGUUCUGGUGGCAGCGAACUUCCGCCAGGUUUGCCACCGAAUCGGGGAGAUGGACACUGCAGGCGAAUAUGACGCAGUCCAAACGCAGAUUGCUCGCAUAGGACCCAACUCUUCUGAGUUGCUCCGUGGUAUAUUGAAUUCAUUGGCAAGCCACGAUACCCCGUCUGCCUACUUGGAGGCCAACCUCGCAUACAUACAGAUGAAUGUCAGUCUGAAACUCAUGCCCAUCUUUCAAGACUUUUUGUCGCCGCAUAUGCAAUCUCUGGUCCAGAGUAGCCCGGAACGAAAUGUGGCUUUUGAAGGGUUAGAGCGACUUGUGGCACUCUUGGAACCUUAUCAGUCGGCUAGGCUAGAAGACAGGAGAGAGUGGGUGUGUCUAGUCCAGGCUAUUUUGGACCUGACUGCUGAGCUCGCCGAUCAAACGGGACCCAGUCAGCGGGAAUGGAUGGUGAAAGCGAUGCAAAUGUUUCCAGGCUCGGGAGGAAAUGCUGGGACACGUGGGAAUUUUGACGUUGGGAGGCAGAAUUAG